CUUCCGCCCUCUCCGCCCAGCCCUGCAGGCCGGAAGCGCGGUGGUCCAUUCAGGUCCUUUUCUGCUCCGAAAGCCGAGUGCCGCGGAGAUGCCGGCCUACCAUUCUUCUCUCAUGGACCCAGACACCAAGCUCAUUGGCAACAUGGCACUGCUGCCUAUCCGAAGUCAGUUCAAAGGACCUGCCCCUCGUGAGACAAAAGACACAGACAUCGUGGAUGAAGCAAUCUAUUACUUUAAGGCCAAUGUCUUCUUCAAAAACUAUGAAAUUAAAAAUGAAGCUGAUAGAACCUUGAUAUAUAUAACUCUCUACAUUUCUGAGUGUCUAAAGAAACUCCAAAAGUGCAACUCCAGAAGCCAGGGCGAGAAGGAGAUGUACACGCUGGGAAUCACCAACUUCCCCAUCCCCGGCGAGCCUGGGUUUCCCCUCAAUGCCAUUUACGCCAAGCCUGCGACCAAACAGGAGGACGAAGUGAUGCGGGCCUACCUCCAGCAGCUCCGCCAAGAGACGGGACUGCGGCUCUGUGAGAAAGUGUUUGACCCCCAGAACGAUAAGCCCAGCAAGUGGUGGACUUGCUUUGUGAAGAGACAGUUCAUGAACAAGAGCCUUUCAGGACCUGGGCAGUGAGGGCGCUGGCCACAAGGUCCCUUCGCUUUGAUUCCUUUGUGCUUGGCUUUGUGUGGAAGAGAGGAGAGAGCAUGGCUGUCCUUGAAAAACGUCCUGAUCGAAUAUCCUGGGGGAAGGAGAGAGGGUGGGUUCUCUGGGGUGAUUGGCCAUCUUCUAUAGGUUUAAGCUGAUGUUUAAUAAUAAGUGCUAAUAAAGACAUUUUUUAACAUUUCA